AUGACCACAGACGGUGUCAAGGAAGUCCCCGCGGACACGGCCUCCGCAAACGAAGACACCAAGAAGAACCCCGAUGUCUCGACAUCAUCGGCAUCGUCAUCCUCACUUACGGACUCGGAACACAGAGUCGCAAAGGUGACUGACUGCGCCUUCGAUGCGACGGAAGACCCUAGGUUUUACAAGCCGAUUCCCGAGUAUGAGAGCGCGCAUCGCUGGGAUCCAUACUUCGAAUGGACGGAAGAGGAAGAAAAGGCACUAAUCAAAAAGAUUGACAUCCGAGUUUGUACUUUCGCAUGCGUUACGUUUUUCGCACUUCAGCUUGACAGAGGCAACAUUGUGCAAGCAAACUCGGACAGCAUGCUGGGGGACCUCGGAAUGACCACGAACGAUUACAACACCGGACAAACAAUUUUCUACCUCACUUUCCUCUUUUCCGAGCUUCCUUCGCAGUUGCUGUCUAAGAAGGUCGGUCCGGACCGCUGGAUUCCCAUUCAAAUGGUCGCUUGGAGUUUCGUCGCAGCAUUCCAGGCAUUUCUCAAGAACAAGGCCGGGUAUUUCGCCUGCAGAGCGCUUCUCGGCCUCCUGGAGGGAGGAUUCAUUGCCGACACUAUCCUCUUCCUGUCCUUCUUCUACAAGUCCAAAGAGCUGCCGCAACGGUUGAGUUACUUCUGGGUUUCUUACGAAGCCACAUCGAUCGUCGGCGCUUUUCUGGCGUUCGGCUUCCUCCACAUCCACGGCUCCGACGGUUAUACUGGAGGAUGGCGCUAUCUGUUCGCUUUUGAGGGUCUUAUUACAGGAAUCAUCGGAAUCAUCGCCGCGUUCUGGAUGCCUGCAUCUCCCACCCAGACUAAAGGCGGUUUCCGCGGUAAAGACGGUUGGUUCAACGAGCGCGAGGAGAAGAUCCUUGUCAACCGUGUACUCCGUGACGAUCCCAGCAAGGGAAGCAUGCACAACCGUCAGGCGGUCACACCGAAGAUGCUUUGGCAUGCUCUGUGCGACUACGACAUGUGGCCCAUCUACCUGCUUGGUCUGACGUGGAUGAUUCCCAACACACCUGCUACCAACUACAUUACCCUGGAGUUGAAGUCGCUUGGGUUCGGCACCUUCGAAACGAACCUCCUGACCAUCCCCGCAUAUGUCAUCUUCAUUAUCAACCUACUGUUCUGGACAUGGAUUUCAGAACGCUUCAACCAGCGUCUACUUCUCGGUGUCGUCUCUGAAUUUUGGUGUUUGGUCUUGCUCAUCGCGCUUGAAGUCCUGCCAGAUGGAGCCAGUGGAUGGGUGCGGUGGAUCAUCAAUGCUCUCUUGAUUGGAGCCCCUUACGUACACGCAAUCAUUGUGGCCAUGACAUCCAGAAACGCGGGCUCGGUCCGUACACGCACUGUUGCGAGCGCGGUAUACAACAUGAUGGUCCAGGCCUCCAGUAUCAUUGCUAGUCAGAUCUAUCAAGACAAAGACAAGCCUUACUACCGUGUGGGUAAUAAGGUUCUGAUUGCCAUCUCUGUGUUCAGCAUGGCAAUAUUCAUUGGGGCCAAGUUUUACUACAUCUGGCGCAACAAGUACAACGCUGCUCGUUGGAAUGCCAUGUCCAGCGAAGAGAGGGAGGAAUAUCUGGCAGCUAAUAAGGAUCUUGGAAACAAGCGACUCGAUUUCCGAUUUACUCACUAG